GUUCUCUGCAGGGAGAAGCUCUGUUGUGCCUUCAUUACCAAUAGCUGUGCAAUGUGUGCUUCGAGUGAAAUGCGGUUUUCUGUCAGUCUGCAUUUUCUCACUUGAACAAGGUAUCCCUAAUGAAAACGGCCUUCUCCUGGGGUCCCUAGGAAACGUCCCUGCUUCUAAAUGACAGGAGCCUUUGGAGCAGCCCCAGCUCAUUGACACGCAGUAUAACUCAGGUCCCGAACUUGGCUCUGACCCGGCUCAGUGGUUCUGCUGUCACUGAUAGAGCCACAUCCAGAAGUAAAAGAACCCUACAGCGACUUCUAUCCUUGACAGCUGCAACAACACACAGGUUCACCAGAGGGAGUCUGAAUGUUUUGUGCACAAAGUCCAUCUCACAAACCACCUCCUGCCCCACAGUAAGCCGCCUGGAUUUCACCUGGAAGAGUAACCGCUUACCAGCACCUUCUAUACUAUUCAGAGCUCCAUGCGCUUACAUUUCCAUUACAGGCUUUUAAAAUGAAAUUUGAUAAUUAAAACUCAAUUUUAAGGCUUAAAUACUCCACUAAGAGGUUAGGGAAACCUGUAAGGGUAUCCUCAAGAAGAUGUUAAUGUAUUGCCUACAGCGUUGACACAGAUACUUACCACUCUCACUUGCCUGAAACAUGCUUCCAUUAAAAGUGCCCAGCUCUCUAAGGUGCAGAGCAAAGAUCAGCCUUGUAGGAGAAGCAGUGUAUCUCUUUGGGGGUAUACAAGCAGCUUCUGUGAUAAGUUCAUGUCACACCUCAACGUGAGAAAUAAUUUGAUUGGCCAAUAAGGACUUAGGGGAAAUCUUGGUACAGCUACAAUUAACAGCUCACCAACCUGCAGCCUGGAUGGGGUCUGCUCCGUUGCAUCCUUAUGGUGUUCUGAGGAGGAUUUGGGAAUCUCCAUGACGAGGUGACCUUCAAUUAAAAAAAAAAAAAGAGCAAUAAAUGACAUCAAGCAUCCACAGCUGUUCUGGGAGAACUCACACCCCCGGUCCCAGGAAGGAGGAGGGCAGAGGGGCUGCCCUGCAGCAAUCCAGGACAGCAGAUGAGGCAGUGGUUUGCAAACAAGCAGGCGUGGGGUCCUGCUGCCUAUUUGACUUGCCCACUGAACGUCGAGUUACGCAUUUAAUGCAGUUUGCUAAACAAAUUCCUCUGUAUUAUUUCCGUCUCUCUGGGUUCUAUUUAAACUGAUUUCCCAGAAACUGUUGAGACUGCAUCCCCGGCCCCCAUUUGCUCUCCUGCAUUUUAAUGCUUUCAUGAAGUAUUUUCCCCUCCAAACAGGGAGAUUAUGAUCCCCUGGGUGCUGCUGUGUAUGAGCUUCGGUUGCGCAGCAGCCCUGAAGCCCAGCUGCCUCUCGGCUCAGUUUAGGAGGCCUGGUGACUACAUCAUUGGAGGCCUGUUCCCUUUUGGGAUGGACACCAUCAACCUGACAGCACGAUCAGAGCCCACCUUAAUCGUGUGUGAAAGGUUAUUUGUAGAUGGGCUGAUAUGGGCCCUUGGGAUGAAGUUUGCUAUUGACGAGAUCAACAACUCCACGUCACUCCUGCCAGGAGUGGAGCUGGGCUAUGACAUCUAUGACACCUGCUUUGAGCCACUGGCAGCCCUACAGCCCAGCUUGCUGUUUGUGACCCAAAAUGGCACCACAGGCAUUGGCAUAGCGUGCAACUACACUGACUACCAGCCUCGCGUCACCGCUGUGAUUGGACCACAUAAGUCAGAUCUCUGCCUGCUGACAGCCAAACUAUUCAGCUUCUUCCUGAUUCCACAGGUCAGCUAUGGGGCCAGCAGCGAGAAGCUCAGCAACAAGGAGCUGUAUCCAUCCUUUUACCGAACUGUUCCCAGUGACAAGAACUUGGUGGAAGCUGUGGUCCUUCUGCUGGACGAGUUCGGAUGGAACUGGAUCGCCACCAUUGGAAGCGAUGAUGAAUAUGGCCGAGGAGCCCAGGAGCUGUUCUUAAGCACCAUUGGAAAUAGCAGCAUCUGCAUUGCUUAUGAGGGCCUAAUUCCUUCAGACCUCACAGACCCCAGGGCUGAGAAACAACUGGAAGAGACCAUUCAGUACAUCAACAAGACCAAUGUCAACAUUAUUGUCCUUUUUGCCUUUCGACAGCCAGCCCAGGCCCUGCUGAAGCAGAGCAUCAAGAUGAGACUAAGCAAGAAGGUCUGGAUUGGCACUGAAGCUUGGCUGUUGUCUGACAUAGCUGCCUCCAUCCCAAACAUUCAGAACAUUGGGACGGUCUUAGGCUUCAUUAUGAAAGCAAGCACAGUCCCUGGCUUCCAGAAAUACGUUGCCAACCUUCUCAGCUCUGUUCAGCAGGAUGAAUUUUGCCAGAAGUCCAGAGGAUUCUACCGCCAUGUAAGCUCUGACACACUGGGCACACAAUGCCAACAGUGCGACCACAUCUCCCUGAAUGACAUCUCCUCCACCUUAAGCCACUCCCAAAUACAACCGGUGUACAUCGCAGUCUACAGCGUGGCUUACGCGCUGCACAGAGCUCUGGGGUGCACCCACCAAGGGUGUCCCAGAGCAUCCAUCAGAUCUUGGCAGCUGCUGCACUUCAUGAACACCGUCCCAUUCACGGUGAAUGGCCAAAGUUUCAGGUUUGAUGAAUCCCAUGGCACAAACUCUGGCUACAAACUUAUAUUCUGGCACUGGGAAAAUGGCAGCCUCACACAUCUGCCUGUGGGAGACUACCAAGAGUCCUUGUACCUCAACAAGUCCCUGAUUCAAUUUCACACUACAGAUCAAAAGGAGCCCACAUCAGAAUGCUUCAGAGAGUGUGAACCAGGGCAAAUCAGACAGAUCAAAGGAUUCCACCUCUGCUGCUAUGACUGCACAGACUGCCCAGAAAACACCUUCUGCAGUUCUAAAGACAGCUCCACCUGUACUCCCUGCCUGGAGCACCAGUGGUCCCCUGCCCGGAGCACGCAGUGCUACGACCGCAGUGAGAGAUACCUCCGUUGGAACGAGCCGCUCACGGCCGGCUUGCUGAUAUCCAUGUCCAUCAUCAUAUCCCUCAUCUGUCUGACAGCGGUGCUCUUCGUUAAGAACCUCAACACCCCCCUUGUGCAGGCUGCUGGGGGCAACCUGAACCUCUUUGCCUUGUUUGCACUCACGCUGAUGUGCCUCAGCUCCUGUCUCUUCAUAGGGAAGCCCACUAACAACCUCUGCAUGAUGCAGCAGAUUGUCUGUGCCCUGUGCCUCAAUGCCUGCUUCUCCACUUUCUUCAUCAAGUCCCUGGAGAUCGUCCUGCUCACAGAGUUCCCCCGCUGUGCCCGCACUGCCCUGCGUUGGGUGACACCGAGCAGGUCCUGGCUCCUUGUAGCCCUGUGCCUCCUCACCGAGUGCCUCUUCUGCUUCUGCUACCUGCACCUGGGCCCUGACUACGUGCUGCCUGACUACAGCUCGCUGCCCACGGAGGUUCUGCUCAUGUGUAGCACCGCAUCCUGGCCUGCCUUUGCCUUGAUGCAUGGCUACAACGGGUGCUUGGCCUUCGUCUGCUUCCUGUGCACGUUCAUGGUACAGAGCUCUGGGAAGAAGUACAACAUGGCCAGGGGGAUCACGUUCACCAUCCUCAUCUAUUUCAUCAUCUGGAUCUUCUUCAUUACCGUCUUCGCCACUCUGAGGACAGUCCUCAUGUCUGUGAUUCAGAUCAGUACCAUUCUGAUGGUCAGUUUGGGUAUUGUGGGGACGUACUACAUCCCCAAAUGCUACAUCCUCUUGCUGAAGCCCGAUUUGAACAGAGAGGAUUAUUUCCAGUACUCCACCAAAGAGGAGCCGGAGGGAGACCCUCAAUAAACAGGCAACAAACCAGAUCCAUUGUAGCCUCAUUAGAAGUUGGCUGUAUUUUAGCAAGAUGUCUCUGUUCAGUAUGACUCUAUAAGCUAUGGUGCAGACUCAAUUACCAAUUCAAUGUAACUGGUGUGAAAACCUUCCAAAGCCAAUGUUUAAAUUUGUGUUUUACAUGGGAAAAAAAAAAUAUUCUUGAUUUUGACACAAAACUACAGAAACCAUUGUGAGGUAUAAGGGCAGCUGUACGUGUGACAUGAGAAGCGUACGACCCAUUCAAAUAUCAACUCACUCCUUUGUAUUUCAUUAACAUGCGUGGGCAAAGAGCAUGGAAAUGAGGACCAGGCACACAGAAAUGAAGUGCAAAUCACACAAUCACAACUGCUGCCAGAAGUCCCUCCUAUCUCAAAUCACAUGCAAAGAUCAAUGGGGAGGAACACCUCUUACCCAGAGGGACAUUCUGCCAAGGGGACAGAAUGAAUCAAACACUGUAAGUACCAGGAAACAUCCUUAGCCUCUGCAGCACAUCUGUUGUUCACUGUACAGGAGAAUUCUCAGCUCCAAGAAGGGCAGUGCUUUGCUCCAUUCAAUAUCGAAGUUACAAAGUAGGUACCAGUGAUAGUUUCAGAAGGCAUAACAGAUACUCAUAAAGGAAAAACACAGACUAACCCUAACAAAAGCUGCUUGCUAACCAUCCCCAGUCAAUAGCUAGCUAAUAUUAUGAAUGUUAUACAUCAGUUACUGAAUAAGUGAUCAUCUUUGAAAGUGCUGAGUGUGGGUUUCAAUGGAAAAAGGUAUGAGCGUAGCCCUCUGUAAACCCCACAAGCUCUUUGCCACAAGGCAGGAUUGCAUAUUACUGCAUACCAACUCUCCCAAACCUAUUUUUCUGCGUGUCAAAGACACCUCUAAUUGCCAGCCUACCUGCUUACAACACCCCAACGACAACAAAACUCUCACCUGAAGCCUGGAAGCCCUCGUGGCUGGAAAUGGCAGCAAGCCUUUGUAAGCACUCUGUGGGACCCAAAGGUCUAGGAAGUAUUCCUUACUGCAGCGCUGUGACUUCGUAGCAGAACAGCAGAAAGGAAGAAGUACCUGAUUGUGUUGCUUGGCCCCUUCCAGCCACCUGCAGACAAUUCAAACUAGCUCACAGCUGGAACCCAUCAGGCCCCCUGCACUAACAGGCUGCACAGUCCACAUUUUUUACCAUUUUCACUUGACUAAAACUGGCUACACCAUUUUUUGCCCUGUAUAAUCUAACAUGGUUUGAAAAGGCACAUAUAGGCAACUCUGCAGGACUGUCUCACAGGCUCUUACGUACCUCUGCUGUAGAACUGCGCCAUUUGUAAUGGGUGCUCCCACAAUAACUGCUGCUUUGCCUUUUCCCCUUUCUGCUGGAUCUCUACCAGCUGGAAAAUCUGCCUCCUGAAGCUGUGGUUGCUGCUUGUAGGUGAACCACUGAGCUUGCCUCUGCUGCAGUUUGCAUGCAGCAUCUGGAAGAAAGGGAAUAUUCAUGUGAACCAGCUGGAUGCAUGGACAGGUUCUACCAGCAGAUCCAUCUCUGGUAGAACCUGUCUCUUGCUCCAUCCCAUGUCUUCACAACAGGAUGCUUUUACCUCCUCAGCCUUUCCUUUAUACUUACACCUGCCAAACCAUGCGAGGGGAAAGCCUGGUAAUUAAGAGGUAGGGGAAUUUACAGAGCUAUUACUGUUUUUGCACCAAUGUAUUCAUCACUAGCUGAAAGCUGCAGCCCUUCUGAUGAGUGUCAGGGCCUCCUUUUUCCAAUCAGAUGUCAUUAACCUGCACAGUGUUUCAGCCACCCAUGACUCAGUUCAGCUGUGAACACUUACAGGGCUCCCAUCUCACUCGGAGCUGUGAUCAUUUACAAGCACCAUUAAAACAGAGCUCCUGGCUGCCUACCAUCAGCUCCUGAACGUUUCUUUGUCUGCAGAGAGGGCAGGGAGAAAUAAAAAUUGCUAAAUAAAGAGGAUGAGGUUC